UUUGUUUCCUGUGUGAAAUUGGCUGCCACAACACUGCUGACCUUACUUAUAACAACAGGAAGGUACAUGAACUUUCUGUUUCUUUUUUUUUGUCCCUUGCUACACCUGAUGCUUCAUUUGGCAGCAUCUGAAAUGAGCAAGCGGUCUCAAAAAUGAUGUUAGUUCUUCUGCUUUUCCUAGAAAAGGUUGCAGGUGAUCAUACGCUCACUGGACCUAACGAAGUGAAGCAAUGUGCAGGCAGAUCCAUUCACAUUGUCUGUCGCUAUCAUCCGUUUUACCGGGACAAUGUCAAAUACUGGUGCAAAGGCUACUAUUUUAAUUACUGCACGGUUCUCUUACGGACGGGUCAGUCUCAGCCUUUCUAUGCACCUCUGCAGAUAAGUGAUGAUAAACGAGGUGGGUUUUUCACCAUCCACAUGAAGAAUGUUAAAACAGCGGAUAGUGGAUGGUACUGGUGUGCGAUUGAAAGAGUCAGUCGUCACGUAAGCAAAGCCAUGCAGUUAAUCAUAUCUGCAGAAGAAGCGCAGCAUUGCUCUGUGCCUGAGCCACCACAAAACGUCAGAGAGGCGACUACUCAACCACUGACAACGACCACCUUAACAACUUUCAGGACGACCACAGUAACUUCACACACGACACUGAACGCCACAGAUUUCACAGAAAUAAAGCAUGAAACCCAAGCAUUGCCCAAACAGAUUAAUAUCACUGAGUCGUUUGCUCCCAAAAUAUGGAGCAUCACACGGUGGAUCCUCUUCGGAGGAAUGUGUCUCUACCUCACCUGUUUUAUAACAUGCUUUGAAAUUUGGUUAAGAAGACAGUAAAUGAGAGACACUAAGCUUUUACACUGUACAUUUCUUUUAUUUCAUGACAGACAUUUGGAUGCUUCCGUGGGUUAAAAAGCUCAAUGGUAAAAACUAGGCCAAAGAAGCACUACCAAAGCCAGCUAUCAAGAACUGUUUAGAAUUGACCAGAUAUUAAUAACUGAUUUUAUAAUUGUUAUAAGACUCCUAUAAAUUCUUAUAUUGUUCUUCAUUAAUUUAUGUAUAAAGAUUGUGUUUUUAUUGAAAGAACAUACAUAACACAUAUUUCAUAUUUCAUAUAAUCUAUUCUUAGAUUUUAAGCACAAACUGAAAAAAAAAAAGUUAUUGAUCAGUGAUAAAACAGUUCUUGGUAGUGGAUUUUUGUUUUCAGACCUCUACUGUAAGGGUGUGAUGAGCCACGCCAAAUAUUUAUACAAAAUAGUGACUGAAUUUUAGGAAGAAUUCUUGGACACUCAUGUAAUAAGUGCCCAAAAAAUUAUUUUUCCCCUUUUCAAGUAAAUGAUUUCAAGUAGAAGAAACAUUUUCAGAUACAACAAAGUUGCAUUUCCACACCCAUUACCUAUGAUUUGAGAGAAACACAUACGCUUCAGGCUUACACAGUACAUUACAUUAAUUCUCAAAAUUAGCAGUGCAUACAAUACACAUUCACAUUAACAUGCAAUAUAACAAUCAUUUAAUGUACUGAAAUGUUUUGAAUACUGAAUAGAUUUGAAUAGAAGUGAAUCACUAUGACAACAUUUACUUGCUUAAAUGUUCAAACUGUUUGGCUGUUAAAUAAAUG